AUGAGCAGCAGCACCCGCGCCCUGUCCUCUCCCGUGGCUCCCAGCACAGCUCCCAGGCUGUCCACGGCACCCGGCCUCACAGCCCUCACCACCCCGGAUGGCUCCGCGCUCGCGGCCGCCCACAACGGCUCCCAGGGCAGCGGGCAGCUCUUCCUGUGCACCACGACGGCGCAGGUCAUCUCUGGCUUCUUCGUGUGGUCAGCGCUGAUCCUCACCUUCCACCAGAUCUACAUGCACCUGAGGAACUACACCGUGCCCAAGGAGCAGCGCUACAUCAUCCGCAUCCUCUUCAUCGUGCCCGUCUAUGCUUUCGACUCCUGGCUCAGCCUCCUCCUCCUCGGGAGCCACCAGUACUACGUGUAUUUCGACUCGGUGCGCGACUGCUAUGAAGCUUUUGUGAUUUAUAGUUUCCUGAGCCUGUGCUUUGAGUACCUUGGCGGCGAGAGCACCAUCAUGACGGAGAUCCGAGGGAAGCCCAUAGCGUCCAGCUGCUUUUACGGGACGUGCUGCCUGCAGGGCAUGUCCUACUCCAUCGGAUUCCUGCGCUUCUGCAAGCAGGCCACAUUGCAGUUCUGCAUUGUGAAACCCCUCAUGGCCAUCGUCACCAUCAUCCUGCAGGCGUUCGGGAAGUACCAUGACGGGGACUUCAAUGUCCACAGCGGCUACCUCUACAUCACCAUCAUCUACAACUUCUCCGUCAGCCUGGCCCUUUAUGCCCUCUUCCUCUUCUACUUUGCCACCAUGGAUCUCCUACGCCCCUUCAAGCCAGUGCUCAAGUUCAUCACCAUCAAGGCAGUCAUUUUCCUCUCCUUCUGGCAAGGGACGUUGCUGGCAAUCCUGGAGAAAUGUGGGGUGAUCCCUGAAGUCCAGAUUAUUGAUGGGAAGGAAGUGGGAGCUGGGACAGUGUCUGCUGGCUACCAGAACUUCAUCAUUUGUAUUGAGAUGUUUUUUGCCUCCAUUGCUCUGCGCUAUGCGUUUACGUGCCAGGUGUAUAUAGAGAAGAAAGAAAAUUCAGCAGCAAACCUUGCCCCAUUGCAGAGCAUCUCGAGUGGGCUGAAGGAGACCAUGAGCCCCCAGGAUAUCGUGCAGGACGCGAUUCACAACUUCUCGCCCACGUACCAGCAGUACACCCAGCAGUCGAUGCAAGACGCGGAGCACAAAGCGCCCGGGGAAAACGGGCAUGUGGUGGCCAAGGCAGAGGGACUGAGCGGCAAAAAGAGCAAAAACAUUGAGAAAAGAGUGUUGAUCCUGUCAGACGAGGAACUGUAGGAGACACCAGAGGGGACAGCGACAAUGGAGAGGCUUAAAGCCAUGCGAAU